CAUGGACAGGUGUGGCUGCCACUGACAGUCAAAAAUGGUGCCAAUCAUGGAUGAAGUUUGAUGAAUUGCAAAAGAAAAUAGAGAAAGAUAAGGAAAUAGAAAUUAAGUUACUUUUCACUACACCUUUACACAAAUACCAAACAUGACCAUACCUUGUACAAUGAAAGUUAGGGCUAUCAAAAUCAUUCUGUGCAUACUGUUACUCUGUGCUACACUCAGUACUCCAACUCCUGUACCAGUUGGAACAUUCCGGUCUGAGUGUCAUGAGCGUCACUUCUGGCUGUUUGUCAGAUCUGGCUUCCUUGGCAUUAUGAGCCGAUUUGACGUUCAAGACCACCAGGGAGUUCACUUCCUGUCCGGCCGAAAGGCUACUGAGUGCGGCUACACCAUGCUCUUCAAUCCCCACGGAGACCUGGUGUUCCGUGCCUCGUUCCUCGCCUGCCACGUCAACAACCAGGAUGACUCAGAGUUCCGUCUGAAGGUGUGGUUGGUGACCCGGCAGGUGAAUGGGAGGGACCUAGGGUACCCCUUCCUGCUCCACUGCUCAGCCCAGUGGCCCUGGGGCUUCCGGGAGUUCGUCUGCGAGGAGAGCUACAUGGAGGUGUCCAUAAAUGGACCGGUCCCAGCUGCAUUACACUCUGGGCAGGAGAAAAAGGAGGUGGGAAAGAGCGGCAUGAUGUUCCACAGACCAGGCCACACCAAGGAGGAGGUUAGACCCAGGACCAUGACGGAGGCCAGUGCCCUGGGCUACCACAUCUCUGAGUCAGGCUCCAGGAUUAUCCUGCGCUGCCCCUACUCUUCACCCCUCUCCUACACCAUCAAGGAGAAAGGGGUUGAGUUGGAGGUGGUCAAUGCUACCAUCCUGUACCCACAUCAAGGGAAGGUCCUUGCCAUCGAUGCCACAGUGGCCUGCUCCAUGAAUGAGGCGGCAGUGGAUGGUACCCACCUGCUCUGGCCUGUCCCCCAUGUCCUCUCCCCCCUGGUACAUGGGAGGUUCAGGGACAGGGGCAUGAGAAUAGGGGUGGAGACGCUUGCCCUGAGUGAGUCUGUGAUCAAGGACAGGGGGUAUGAGAUAAGCCUGAGGGAUGGAGUGGUGGAGGUCAGCGUUCCAUUCGGAGCCGAAGGAACACACAUUAAGAGUGGUGUGUUGGAGGGCCAGUACAGCCAGUCUCUGUCUGUAGACCUGUUUACAUGCACCAGUGGGAGGAUGACCGGUGGCCCCUCACCCAGCAUCGCUCCUUCAGGUUCCUCAAGACCGCCUAUGUCCCCCGGACCCCCAUACUUACAGACAACACCAUAUCGUCCCAGAAGCUGUUCUCUGUCUCCCUGGGUGUGUUCCCUCCAGACGUGUCCCUCCAGAACGUCACCGGGGGGAGGGAGGGGGACACUUUGUCCUGGGUCCAGGUCCCCUACCCCAACGGGUCACAUUCCUACCAGCUUCAUGCCCCCUUCUCACACUCCUCCGUUCUUCAGAAGUAUAUUGAUGGGGGCUAUAGGAGGUACACCCUCCCUCUCACCUUUUCCCUGACCAUCUCACCCCAUGGAGAGGUCUUCUAUCAUAAUGCCACCAUUGUGAGUGAUGUUCAAGAGCAGACAGAACCUCCCAGGCUGGAGGGUAAGUGCACUGAGAGGGGCCUCCUGGUGCUACUGCACUACGGGACCCUGGAGCGGAGCUGGGAGCUCU